AGAUUACUACAUCUUCAACAAAGCUCUCGACGUCUCCUGUUCUCCUCGUCAUGAUCAGUGUGUAGAAAGAUAAAUUGUACCUUCUUCAUACCUACGCAGCUUUUGAAAAGCGUAAAUCAAAAUGAAGAAGCAGGCUCUCCUGAAUGCACUGGACGCCACGGACCAGGCUUUCUUGCAGCAGGUGGAGUUCCGGUUAGGCGUUACGAAGAAGGAAAUCGAGGAAGACGAGGAGGACGAAGUUUUGCAGCUCGCGGACUUGAAAGCCCUGGCCUGCGACGAGGAACGGGAGCGGGAAUUUGUGAAGCGGUGCACUUCGACAGAGAAUAGCAAAAACAAACCUUACUCCGCCGACGCACCGGAGACAAACAAUGCCAGCGAGAACGCCGACAAGGCGUCGAACAAGGGCAGGCCACCACGGGUGUUCGAGUGCUUCGUGCCGGUGGAUUUGGCAAGUUAUCAAAUCUCCAUAGCAGGAGGAACAGGAAACAAAAACGGUGAUAAAGGAGAAAUAAAUGCCGAGCAGGAGUUUUUGCAACGGAUCGCGAGUGAAGGCGUGGACGUGGAAUGCAGCCGGUUCUACGAGGGGAGAUUAGAGCAGAUACUCGCUGGGGAACGGGCGUGGUCCACACCAAUAGACGAUGACUUUUCCAUGGAAGAAGAGGGUGUGCCGCCAGGUGAGACAAUCUGAUUCGACGGAUGAUUGCGCCACUCAGUAUAGCAAAAAAUGCUGCUUGAUGUAUUUGUAUAGGGUUACUACAGCUGUAGUUUGUUGUGCAGCAAAUUUGUCACUAUCAGGUUCCCACGUCAAGUCUCUCGUCGACAAUUUCAAUCGACGGACGGGCUACCUUAUGCAAUGCAAAAGCAUCGUACUAGUAUAAAUCACAUGACAAAUUCCCUCAGCAUGAAAAAUGGAAUUUGUAAUGCGGAUUUAGGUUAAGAGGGAGAUUUGUAAUGCAUGAUUGCGAUUACUACGAGUACGAUACUUUUGCACAGGAUAUACCUAGCUCCCGCGCGAGCCACGUGCCCGGCAUCCGAUGGGAGUCUGCUGCACCUAUCAAAUGUAAAAAUGUCUGGGUCUGGAAGAUUGCCGGGUUUGUCAUGCACAUUUUGCACGACUCCUCAAUUCUGUGACGCAUGGCCUAGCAUCACAGAUUUUUAGAGGCCUUCCUGAUGCCUAUUCCGCAUGACAGAUGCUCUUUCCGUGCUGCAAGAUUUGGACUCUCUUUGCUGCUGAUGCAAUACAGAUUUUUUUAGAAUCCAAAAUCAGCAUGACAAGUUGGAUUCUUCCAGACCCAGACAUUUUUGCAUUUGAUAGCACCAGAGAAUGAGCAAAACGGGGGUCGUCCCGCGCGCCACCGCCCCACCGCGGUCCGCCCCGCUUUUGAACGGGGGCCGAGCGACAACCGCUGCGAAUAAAGUAACCCUCGCCCCGGUCGCGGAAGUAGAUGAUGAGAGCAGGGAGCAACAAUCUUCGGUUCUCGAAGAAGUCGACCCUUUGAAAAGGGAAACGGUUACAGUCGAUAGCUUUCUCGAAGGAACGGAGGAGGAAGAAAAAGCGGCGCAGCUGAUCCAACUGAAAUUUCGAAAACGGCAGCUGGCGCUGGGGAAUAAACGACCAGAAUCUACUUCCAUAUCAUCUUCUUCAAAGCCCGGCGGCAGUACUGGUACUGCAGACGACAACCGCAUCCCGUCCGUCGCGUCUGCCACGACCGCUGCACGAUCGAGCUCGACCGCGAGCUCAGCGACGACGGCAAUGGACGAGAACCUCCAGGACAUUUCCACCUUCACGGCAGAAGAGCACCAAGCGGCCACUAGCAUCCAAAGGCGGUUUCGAAAGCAGAGGGCGUUCAAUGAAAAAGAAAAAGAUAGCAAUAAUAUCAUCAAUCAGGACUCUUCCAUGCUCUCCGUCGUGAGUAGCAGCUCUGGUGCAGGUGCAGCACCCUCCUCCGCCAGUUCUAGCAGCUCCUCCUCUAGUUCAUCUGGGUCAUCUUCAUCUUCAUCCGACGCUUCGAGUUCGGCCGCGAGUUCCGCGCAAUCCUCCCCCCUCGAAGCAGAGAAUUCCAUCCUGAUGGCAAACAACACCUCUAGAAGCAAAAUCUCGCCCAUCUCGCCCAAAGACAGCUCGGGCGCGGAUGAGAGCCAAAUUCUCGCGGAUCUUUCGCUUGCGUUUGAAUCGGCCAGGGGAUCGAGCAGCUCCGAGACACCAGCGUUCUUCAACAACAACGAUAUUAACCGCACGUCGAGCACCAGCGGAACUGCAACGAGGAAGAAAACGACCACUUUGCUGGCUUGCAAGGUGGUGCUGCAGCAGCCGUUUGUCACGUCCGACCGGAAGUAUCUGUCGCAAGCAUUCAUUCCGGAAUCGUACGACGCGAUUGUGUUUGAAGACGAGGACGAGCCACAGAACUGCGUCUACAUGGUGCGAGACAAAAAGCAGGUGUUAUAUCCUACGUAAAAACGUCCCCACACCAUAGUCAAGAAGGAAAAUCUGCAACACAAAUCUCCAAGUUUUGGGAGUUCUGCAUGACAAGUUUCCAUCUGCAGUGUAGUGCUGGUUAGCAAGGAAAGCCGCAUGAGAAAACCAUUUGCUCAUCCUGUUUACAGCAUUACAAAUUCCAAAACACGACUGGCAAUGCCUUUCAAGGAGAUGCGCAUUACAAAUGUUCCUGUCAUUGCGCAUUUGCAUGACAACUCUGGGGUGGGGACGUUUUUACACAGGAUAUGUUACCGCUGUACACCAUCGCUUUGGAGCCGACCUUGAAGUCGGAGGAGGUGAACCACUUGAAGUGCCACAACUGCCGGGAAAAGGGAAAAUUAGACACCGACUCCGUCUAUCAUGUGCAAAUAUGUCUGGGUCUGGAAGAGUCAUGCUGCUUUUGCAUGACACAGAAGGUCUGGCAUGGAAGCGCUAGCAUCACAGCUUUCGAGAAGCUUCCGCAAUGCCGAACCCGCAUGACAAAUGCCCCACUCUGGUGACAGAAAGUGGGCAGCUUUUUCUGCCUAGUAUGCAUGAGAGAUUUUACCGUGUACGUGUUGUGAAAUGCGCAUCACAAGUUUGCACUCUUCCAGCCCCAGAAAUAUUUGCAAUGCAUAUCGUCUGGUCUGUGGAGUUAGAAGGGUGGACGUUGUGUGACCCGUGCUUAGAGUCCUUCGUGGCCUUCAUUCCGGACUACAAGGAAAAAAAGAAAGUCGUGUACAGAUGAAUAAAACCUAUUUUCGUUGUUGGAUGUCUUUGUUUGUCAACAUGAUACAACUGUAUAAAACAAGGCGAAGCCUACUUGAACUUGAUCGAUCCCGAUGCGCACAGGUUGGUGUCAUGCAGCUUUGAGGCGUGAUACCCAUAAUAGCAUCAUCAAGUAGACAUGAAAGAUCAUUGAAUAAGAGCAAAAAAUAAAAACCUCACAGCCCGAUCCGCGAGAUGCAGCCUGUGGCGAAGAAGUGCCCCGAGCACCCACAAGAGAAUCUCGACCUCUGGUGUGACGAGUGCAACCGACCGGUGUGUCAGCUCUGCAAGGUCACCGGGGACCAUUCCACCGGGGAGUUCAAAUUGCACCACUUGACCUCUCUGCCGUUAAAGCACCACCAGGUGCAGAUGGACUUGCAGCGCACGAAGAACCACUUCACCUUUGCGCAGUACCAACUGCAGAAACAGAUCGACACGACGACGAAGCGGAUCAAGAAUGUGGAGGAAAACAUCGAGGCGAUGCUGAAGAUGGUGCGACAGCAGUCGGAGGAGCUGGAAAUCCAGAUCAACAAGGCGGCGUUGGAGGGGCGCAACGAGCUGCAGUGCAAGCGGGGGAUUUUGGACGCCUUUCUCGGGCAAAUCGACUACGCGCAAAACUUAUCCUGUGCAAAAGUAUCGUACUCGUACUAAUCGCAUUCAUGCAUUACAAAUCUCAUUCUCAAGGUAAAUCCGCAUUACAAAUUUUAUAUCUCAUGCGGGGGAAAUUUGUCAUGCGAUUUAUACUAGUACGAUGCUUUUGCAAUGCAUAAAACUUCCUGGAGUACAUUUCCGACCCGGUGAACCUGGAUGGUGGGGAGUACCUGGAAAUGGUCGACCAGUACCCGGUGCAAAUGCAGCGACUGGUACGUGAACAAAGAUUGAAAUUCAAUCAAUGUUUACUGUUUGACUUUUGUGUCAAAAAAUUGACUGGCGUUUGUUUUGUUCUGCAGCGCACCAGAGAUGAUCCUGCUCCCUCACUGCAUAUAUAAGCACGCAUGAGAAAGAACAUCGAGCACUUCACUUCAUUCCACAGUGUGCCGAUCUCGGGUCUUCCAACGAGGAAUACACCUUCGACGAGUCGCAACAGUACAUCCCGGCUAUGGCCAUUGAAGGCGAGGUCGGCAUUAUCGAGCGGUGCAAGCCAAAAUACAUCUUCAAGAAGCAGCAGAAAAACGUCUUCCAAGCGGCAAAUAUCACGUCGUUUUUAAAGCGGGAAGUCAUCAAGUACAGAUAUCUUUAUUGUGAUUUGACUGAACAUGAUGCAAUAAAUGCAUGCGUAGAAAAUGGCGUCCAUUUUCAUGCAUCAACAUCCAAAUCCAUGUCAUCGAGUUCGAGUAUCAGCAUGCACAUCAUCAACGACUCCACCUACUCCCAGGACGAAGUCUUCCCCGGUGACGCCUCUCCCGACCCUGGCCGCCCUAACGCCCGGGCCCGCGGAGAGCGCAGCCUUGCCAUCGCCCCACCAGCCCAUCAACCUCGAACCAAAACUGGAGUUGCGGGAAUAUCAGGAAAGUGUAACAUCCGCGGCUCCACCAGCCCCUGUGGCGCCGGCGGUGCAGCAGAUGCUGGGAAAGAAGCAUUUGAGCGUGAUGUCAUCGGUACAAAUUGGGUAUAGUUUUUUGUGAGUGUUGAAGCUGUUCUUGCAGCUCGCACCAGAAUUCAUUGGCCUGCUGAGCGAGCAUGAUGUUUGUCCAUGCGAGUUGCUGAGUUCAUCAACCAUGAUUAUGAACUCACACAAUACAGCUCCGGCACCAUCCAAAGUACGAUAGCAAUCGUAAAACAUACUUACUGACGUGGCGCGCGCAACUUGUUUUGCAGCGUUGCCAGCGACUGGCAACGCUCCUGGUGCGUCGUGGAAUGCCUACAGCGAUGACGCAACUUGGUGCCCGAGGUGCGCCAGCUUGCGUCUGUCAUCCCCCAGUAAAUGGCGGCGAGGGGUGUGAGUGGAAAUGGUCCGCGGGCAGAUUUGGGGCCGGCGCUUUGCGCUGUAUAAUGUUGGCUCCCCCGGGUCGCCCAGCCCUGGUCGGUCUCUGUGGGCGCUGGCAGCCACGUUGUGAUAAGUAGAUGAGGCGCAACCGUGGGCCCCCUGCGUUUUUCCUUGCUGCAGGGGCCGCCUUUAGCGGAUCCCCUGCGCACUCUAAGGCUCUGCUGCCUCUCGGAAGGGGGCGGCGCGCGACCCACGCGGCGCUGGCGCCUGGGGCGUGGUAAGUAUUUUCCCGUUGCCGGGGCUCGUGCCGAACGCACGCGAGCCUCCCUCUGCCGGCGGGGGGCAGGCAGUGUGUGUUCUCUCCGUAGCAGCCCUCUAGCUGCCGCGCUGUGGUUUCUGUUUUUUCGCUCCCACCGAGAAAACCAUGCGCAUGCGUGGCGGCGCAUGAAAGAACCACUGGAAUUGGAUAUGCGGCGCACCGUGUCGGGGCCGGCGCGCUGUCCGGUCUCUCUGCCCGGAAAGCCAACACGGCCGGAUUUCUGCGUUUCGGCAGGCCCCCGCAUGCUUACCUUCGCUACUCCUUUCUUCGCCGACUACCGGCACACGCUUGCCGGCUUUUCCCUUCAAUUUCCGCCGGCAAUAGGCUAUGAACAACUGCUGCCCUAUUCCGCUUUUUUCUGUUCUGCUUCUGUUGCGCGGGCGCGCGCCUUCAACGCGCACCAGCCCGGGUCCAGCGUCCCGAUUCAAUCGGCGAAACAGGUCAGGCCAAGGUGUUUCGCCGAUUAAAUCGGUGGCUUUUCGUCGAAACAGGUCGCGCGGAGGUGUUUCGACGUCGAAACACUUUCGCCCGAGCUGUUUCGGCGCUGGAAUCGAGAAACUCGGCCUGGUUGGCUCUCGUCCGCGCAGCCUUUUUUUUCUUGGCCGGCCCCUGUUCCAGGCCCUUUUCCCAGGUGGGCACUAGCUCUGUGCGGGAGAUCUGGCCGCGCCUGACAGACAGAGACAGACUCGCGCUGCCUCUGUGCGCCAAAGCGCCUCCCCGGUUUAUUUUUUGAGUCACGGCAUGAUGUUUGUCCAUGCGAGUUGCUGAGUUCAUCAACCAUGAUACAGCUGAUGAUAUGAUACCGAUAGUCAGCACAACGAUGACACCAGGCCGCUCCGCUCUCCGCCCUGGGUCGCGACGGCAUGCCAGUGACGGACACGACGAAGAACCCGCUGCUGCUGAACCGCAUGCGGUCCUAUCGGAGGGAAAAAUCCCCCCUCCCCAUACUGAAAAGGCAUGCUGCUAAAAAUUUGUGAUGGUGAUUUGUGACCACAAAUCCUAUCUCUCUUGCAAGGGGGCAAAUGCAAAGAGUCCGCCGCUUUAUGACGGCGAUUUGUAAUGCUGUUGCGCCUACAUCGAAGGCCUCUGCUAUACUCAGCACCUAUACAGAAACAGCCCUACGCAGGCUGAGGCUUUGCCUGCAGUGCCUCGUUGCAAGACAGAGCUGAUUUGUGUACACAAAUCGAAAUCCAGCAACAGAAAUUUUCGCUUCGAUAUGGGGAGGGGGGAUUUUUCAUUUUGAUAGGUCCAACCCGAUCCCCUAUGACAUCGAGCCGGUUGCGCACAGUAACCAGCAACUGGUCCCCGGGAAUCCAUUGCAAGCCGAGAACGUGUUUCUGCAGAAGUGGGAAUCGAAAAAGCAGCGGAACUUGCUGAAGCAGAAGAGCAACCUCGUCGACGAGUCACCCGUGAAGAAAAUGUUCUCCAACAUGCUCUUGGAAAGAAAUAACGGGACCACAAACGAGCAACAGUUGCAAUUUCUGCAGAACCAGCUGGACCCGGACCGCAUUCCGAUCUCCCGGCAGUAUAGGAGGAACAACGACGAGUUUUUGUCUGCACCCGACCGGAAAUUCGCGAACCUGUGCAAGAAAUCGGUGUCUAGGGACACUGCGGACACGACAAGUACAUCCAGAUCUAUUGGAAUUCGACUUUUUUUUUCAUCAGAGGAUAGCAACAGACACAAGACAAACGAACAAGUGAGUUUAAUACUAGCAUGACAAAGUAGACUAAGACGACAAAUAUCAACCAUUCUAUCAGUCGAAGAAGACGACAUUGACUCGGAAUCCUGGUGCGAUUCCGCUGUGGACAAUGAUUAUCUCCUGCAAAAGUAAAAGCGCUCGUACUAAUCGCAAACAUGCAUGUUGGCACCGCUACCGUAUCCAGCAUGACAAAAUACAUAUCUGUUCUCAAACAAAUUUCUAAUGCAAGCUAUAGCAAUUGAAUACCUUUAUUCUAGCGCGAUCAUACUUUUGCAAUGCAUAAUGAUGGCAGCUUCACCAUGCAGAUUGGCAAAACCAAAUUCCUGAACCCGACGAAGCGGAACCUGUUUUCCGACAAGGAAGAGGCACUCCAUCUCGUCGGAGAGGUAUGGAUUGCAAAAAUGUCUGGGUCUGGAAGAUUGCAAACUUGUUGGUUGGUUGGUUGGAUAGCGCCUGUUGCCGGUGCAGGUCCCGCCCUCCAUCGAUUGCGAUCCGGAGUAGCCGGAACACAAGGCCCUAGUGGCACAAUCGAUCGACGAAGCCCUUUCUAACCGGGCACAAUCGAUCAACUUGUGAUGCCGCGCAUUUCAGAACACAGGAAAACUUCUCAUGCAUAGGCAGCAAAAGUUGCCCACUUUCUGUCACCAAAAUUGGGGAUUUGUGAUGCAGAUUCGGCAUUGCGGACGCUUCUCGAAACCUGUGAUGCUAGAGCUUCCAUGCCAGACCUUCUGCGUCAUGCAAAAACAGCGUGACUCUUCCAGACCCAGACACUUUUACACUUGAUAAGAGGGACGGGCGAGCAAAAACGAGGAGGACUUUGAGACCUACAAGCCCUACGUCGCCAAGUUGCCGAUUGCGAGCGUAACCGAACAGGUGGCGCCGACAAGCCACAUCCCGGAGCCGGCGCAGUUCACCUUGGUAGUGGACAGCGGGACGCACAAAAAGAGGUACCGGCUCAAUAUCGUGCCGAAGGGGACUAGCAGUGGUGCAACGGCAAAUCAUGCCGCGGUGAAGAAUGGCAGCAGCACAGCGAUAGUCGCAGCGGCGUAA